CGCAUAUGACAGAUGGACACAUUAGUUGUCAAAAAAAAGUAUUUUGUGUUUGCGAUGCAGAAUUGUUUAUGUGACGACUAUUGAUGAUUCUUUGAAGAGAUUUUUUUUUUUAAAACUCUAUUUUUGUGAUAUUAUUAUCAAUUGAAACGUACAAAUAAAGAAACAGGUUUCGUUUUCGAUGUAACAUUUUGUGGAAGAAAAGAAGAAAUUGGUAAAACACAACGUAAAAAUGGCUGAUGGAAUAGAUCGUUCUGUACCCGAGUAUGAGCAAAUGCGAACUCUCAAACUCUUUUCCGAUGAGGAAAUUUUGAAAAUCAAAAAGACACGAGAGAAUUUCGACUACAAAUUGUCGCAACCAUCAAGAGGAAUUAAGGAUUUUGUUGAAUAUAUCAAGUAUGAGCGUGGUUUAAUGGCCACGACUAAGGAGAGGAUAAAACAGAACAAGAUCACCACAAACCAUUCGAUAUUAAUACAGAUUGCCGAUCGCAUGAAAAAACUCUAUGCCAAUGCUCUUUCGAAAUUCACGAACAACAUUCGCUUUUGGGAUGAAUACAUCAAGUUCUUGCAGACAUUCAAGUACACAAAGGACAUCUCAUCGGCUUUUGACCGCAUACUACAGUUCCACAGUGAAAAGCCUGAAGUAUGGAUUCGUGCGAUUGUCUGGGAAUACAAAGAGAAUUUCAACGAUGAACGAGUGAAAAGUCUCCUACUGCGCGCACAACAACGUCACCCUGAAUCACAGAAGCUGUAUUUGACAUUUUUCAAAAUUGAACUAGAAAACAAGCGUAAGUCGGAAGAGCUCGAGGCGUUACAGCACGCUGAUAUCGUCUACAGCAGCAGUAAAAAGAAGUUUACAAACAUUGAUUUCUUCAUUGAGAUGCUGAAUAUCGUCGACAAAUUCAGCUAUGCCAGCUCCAUUCAACAGAAUAUUCUGGAUGACAUGCGAGAAAUGUUCCCUCGCGAAGAACUUCUCUGGCAUACGCUGGCACAACGAGAAUUAAGUGGAUUGUCCACGGUUGAUUGCACGGUGGAUUUCACUGGAUUGAUUAAGUCAGAGGAUGGUGUGAAUAAGGGUGAAGAUAGCAAGGUGAACUUGAAGAAGCUGAAAAUUGAAGAUUUAUCUGCGCCAGCACAACACACACUGCGAAAACGCAUUGAACUUUGCAUUCAAAUUUAUGAAGAGGCUGUUAAAUUGGUCAACACAAACAAAAUGUGGAACUAUUACAUCGAUGCAAUGUUGGAAUUGAAUAGCGAUCUAUCGACGCAGUCUUCAAUGAAACGAUUCGCAUUGAAAAAGGCCUUCGAGGGAGCGAACGCAUCGAAUCACAUGUCUGAAGAUCACUAUUUACAGUACAUCGAAUUAUUGUACACGAAUAAUCCAAAGGACGAUAACAUUGAAAAAGUGUUUCAGAAAGCCACGAAAAUCUUUGAAUCGUCGGUACGAAUAUGGCUUCUUUGUAUGCGCUAUUACAUCCAAGACAAUAAUUUUAAGAAGCUUCAAGACGUGUUCAAAACUGCCAAAUUUUUACUCGGCCCAAAAGGAUCCGAACUAUGGCAAUUGUAUUUGAUCUACUUGAAAUCGUGUCGCAGUUCCGAAGCUCAUGCCGAGUUCGAGAGAUACAUCAACGAAUUGUCACGUCAAACCUUUGCCACUUUCAAUGUGUUGAAAGCGCAAAUGUUAGAACUGCUCGCGACAACAGUGAAUAUGAAAAAAGCCCGGAAGACUUAUGGUUCGUUCAUUAAAAAUCAUCCUGUCUGCUAUGAGGUGCAUGAAAUGAUGGCAGAACUUGAGGCUAAACAGAUGAUCCGCGAUCCCGAAUCAGAGCGAUACUGCCUGGAAAUGUUGAUACUGAAUUUCGGAAAAACAAGAACAGAUGUUUGGCUUCGAUACAUGCGCUUCGAACGCUACGCCGGUGAACCGAAAAAUGUGAGCAAAUUGCAUAAAAGUGCAUUGGCUACCCUCAAACCCGAACUUCUUGAUGACUUCAGUGCACUUUACAAUUUCUUCUCCAACGGUGUUGUUUAAUUAGUAACAGACAAUCCAUAGCAACCAAAUAGUUUUUUUUUUCCUAAAUUUCCAAUCAAAUCAAAUAAAUGCCAUUUUAAACAAUCAACCAUAAA